CGGCGCUGCAGCCAUUUCCGGUUUCGGGGAGGUGGGUGCGGUGUGGAGCGGGAGUUGGCGCCGCAGCCGCCUCCAGAGCCUGCCUUGCUACCGGGUGCUGCCGGGACGAUGCGGCCGGAGCCUGGCGGCUGCUGCUGCCGCCGCCCGCUACGGGCGAACGGCUGCGUGAAGAACGGGGAGGUGAGGAACGGGUACGUGAAGAGCAGCACCGCUACUGCCGCGGCUGCCGGCCAGAUUCAUCAUGUUACAGAAAAUGGAGGACUUUAUAAAAGACCGUUUAAUGAAGUUUUUGAAGAAACACCCAUGCUGGUUGCCGUGCUCACAUAUGUGGGGUAUGGCGUGCUCACUCUCUUUGGAUAUCUUCGAGAUUUCUUGAGGCAUUGGAGAAUUGAAAAAUGCCACCAUGCAACAGAAAGAGAAGAACAAAAGGACUUUGUGUCUUUGUAUCAGGAUUUUGAAAACUUCUAUACAAGAAACCUCUACAUGAGGAUAAGAGACAACUGGAACCGACCUAUUUGUAGUGUGCCUGGAGCCAGGGUGGACAUCAUGGAGAGACAGUCCCAUGACUACAACUGGUCAUUCAAGUACACAGGGAAUAUAAUUAAAGGUGUUAUAAACAUGGGUUCCUACAACUAUCUUGGAUUUGCGAGGAACUCUGGAUCAUGUCAGGAAGCAGCUGCUGAAGUUCUCAAGGAGUAUGGAGCUGGAGUGUGCAGCACUCGCCAAGAGAUUGGAAACCUGGACAAGCAUGAAGAACUAGAGAAACUGGUAGCAAGGUUCUUGGGCGUGGAAGCUGCUAUGACCUAUGGCAUGGGAUUUGCCACAAAUUCAAUGAACAUUCCUGCUCUUGUUGGCAAAGGUUGUCUGAUUCUGAGUGAUGAACUGAACCAUGCAUCACUGGUUCUAGGAGCCAGGCUGUCAGGAGCAACCAUUCGAAUCUUCAAACACAACAAUAUGCAAAGCUUGGAGAAGCUUUUGAAAGAUGCCAUUGUUUAUGGUCAGCCUCGGACAAGAAGGCCCUGGAAGAAAAUCCUAAUCCUGGUGGAAGGCAUAUAUAGCAUGGAAGGGUCUAUUGUUCGCCUUCCUGAAGUGAUUGCUCUCAAGAAGAAGUACAAGGCAUACUUGUAUCUGGAUGAGGCACACAGCAUUGGGGCCCUUGGUCCUUCAGGGCGAGGUGUGGUAGACUACUUUGGCCUGGAUCCCGAGGAUGUAGAUGUUAUGAUGGGAACAUUCACAAAGAGCUUCGGUGCUUCUGGAGGAUACAUUGGAGGCAAGAAGGCACUGAUAGACUAUCUGCGUACACAUUCUCACAGUGCUGUGUAUGCCACGUCGAUGUCACCACCUGUGAUGGAGCAGAUCAUCACCUCCAUGAAGUGUAUUAUGGGGCAGGAUGGCACCAACCUUGGCAAAGAAUGUGUACAACAGUUGGCCGAGAACACCAGGUAUUUCAGGAGACGCCUGAAAGAAAUGGGAUUUAUCAUCUAUGGCAAUGAAGACUCCCCGGUGGUGCCUUUGAUGCUCUACAUGCCGGCCAAAAUUGGUGCCUUUGGGCGGGAGAUGCUGAAGCGGAACAUUGGUGUAGUUGUGGUGGGAUUUCCUGCUACCCCAAUCAUUGAGUCCAGAGCCAGAUUUUGCCUGUCAGCAGCUCAUACCAAAGAAAUACUUGAUACGGCUUUAAAGGAGAUAGAUGAAGUCGGGGACCUGCUGCAGCUGAAGUACUCACGACGUCGGUUGGUGCCUCUGUUGGACAGGCCCUUUGAUGAGACGACCUAUGAGGAGACAGAAGACUGAGCCUUUUUGGUGCUCCCUAGAGGGGGAAAUCCCUCCCAGGACAGUGUGUGGCCUUUCUGAGCCAGUUCCAGGAACCACACUUCAGUGACCACCUCAUGUGAAAGACAUUUCUGAAACUACUGAAGGUGGCCACCUCCACUCCAAAUGGCAUUUUGUAAAUAGUAAAAAAACAAACUGCUUUACAUUCUUCCCUUGUUUGCUAAGUCUCACCUUUAUAUACAUAUAAAUGAUUACUUUGCCCAUUAAAAAAUGUUUUAUUUUAUAACUAUUCUACUUGUGAAAUCACACUGACCCUUGCCUAUGCCUUACUGCACAGGCAUUCCCCACUCCAGCCACCUCAUGGACUUGGAUCCAUCAAGACUUACUCUGGCCCUGGCUCUCCAGCCUUGAGACUCACUGGCCCUCUCCCUAGGAGCAAGUGCCUUCUGCUGACUUCCGUCCAGGUCUCAGAAGUCGCCCCCCUGGUAACCCUUAUUUAACCAGUCAAGUUAAUCAACCAAAGCAUCUGUCUUUAGUCUUCAAUGUUAACAAUGCCAAGAAGUUUAUUAUGUGACCCCCCACACACACACACACAAAGCCUCCCUAAUCUGUUCUUACUCUGUUGUGGUGGUAGUGGUCACCAGAUAGUUUAUUCAUUAGUAGAUAUUUCUUCAUAUGGUCGCAGACUGAAGAUGUAUCCAGAGUUUGGGUUCUUCCCCAGAUCUAACCCUAAUGCUUCCCACCUCCGAAGUUACGACAGCCUUUGGCUGGUUCUGGGUCCAGAGUAGGAUUUGACAUGGUAAAGGAGAGUGUUGGUCAGUCCUUCACCCGUUCCGCCUCAUCGUCAGUGCUGUAAGUUUUCCUUGUAGAUGCUGACCCACUUGAACAGUGCUCUUCCAAAUGCCGGUUCUUCUACUCUUGACGUCCUAAGACGACCCUAACCCAGCAUCUAGGGCUGGCUUCUCUUGAGCUUCCAUUGUGUAUUUUUUUCUUUGAGGAAUUUCUGAUCAAAUACCUCUUUCCUAAACUGGAACAGCUUCUGUUUUUCUGUCACUACCAGGUCAGGGACUUCAUCCAGAGCUUUGUACUGCUUGACCAAAGAACACAUCUGAAGAACCAUUUGGAGUUAGUACUUUUUUCUUUCAACCAAAGCAUAGUGGAAGAGAACUUUUGUCUCUAUUGUACUGAAGAUGAAUUUGUCUUUUAGUAGUGAUCAAGUCUAUCACUUAAUUGAGAACAGAAUGAUAAGAACUGUAUAAAAGUAUAUUCUAUAUGUCAUUCUUUAAAAUUACUGUUUUUGUUGGUAAAGAUGCCCCACCCAGAUCCUCCUGGGACCUUGUCUGCUCAGUACAUGGAAGAGAAAGCAGAAGCCUUGCUGUUGGUGAAGCUGUGCUCUCGUGCCCUCUUGAUCUGUGAGCUUCCAGCCCCAGGAGAUAGUCUAAGGUUGUAUGAGGCUUUCUUAAAGAAUAGAUAUGGAGCUUGGCAAUGGCAUCACACGCCUUAGCCCCAGCGCUCGGGAGGCAGAGGCUGGUGGAUCUCUUUGAGUUCGAGGCCAGCCAGAGCUGUUACACAGAGAAACCCUGUCUCAACCCACCCAUCCCCCCAAAAAAGGAAUAGAAAUGGGUGAAUAAGCUGGGCACGGUAGCCUGUGCCUUUAAUCUUAGCACUUGGGAGGCAGAAACAAGCGUAUCUCUGAGCUUGAGGACAGCCAGGGCUGCAUAGUGAAACCUGUCUCAAAAGAAAAAGCAAAUGGUAAAUAACCAAAGAAAGAGACAACAACUACAUUUAUAAAAAAGAUUUUGUAACGAAGUCUUGUAAAGCUCAAAACAUCUUGCUCACAUUCCCCCUGUGGAAUCCCACUGGAAUACCAAGUAUAGUGACUUUAAUGAUGUAGACAUAGGACUUGUAAAAGUAACGAACUUUAAGUGAUAAGCAUGUCUUUUAGCAAAGUCACUUCAAAUUAAAGUGUUCUUGACAGGCAUUUCAAUUUUUUAUGUGUGCAUCACUUGGUUGGUGCAAAGUUUAUUUUGAAGAGAGAAAACUCGUGUGAUCUACCUAUGUACAUUCUAGAGGACAAAGUGGUGUAUGCACAUUAUAUGUGACUGGUUAUUUGUAACUCUGUUAUAGAAAUCUCCCGUCCAGUCGUGUCAUAGAUUAUUAUCUAAAUUUGGGGCAAUACAAGGGUAUAUUAGUCCAGCAUUUGAGAAUCUUGAAGAGAUUCAAACAUGUAAGUCAGCUGCCACCACCAGACCUGGCUGCUGAUUGGUUUGCAAGGUGCAGCUCAUCGUGGCGCUUUGCGUCCUGCCUUUCAUUACCAUUGUCCUUACCCAUUUCAUGUGUGUAAGACCCACUACAGCCAACCAGAAUCAUAUGUGAGGGAGAUGGUCCAAGGGACAAGGGCAGUGAGCAUCUCCCCUCUGCAGUAUCCCUGUUUAAGGGAUCCAGCCCUCUUCAGUUCUUCAUGCUCUUCAACUCUUCUGGUCUAGGAAAAGUUCAAAAUCAGCUUCUUCCUCGAAUUUUCCGGCCUCACUUCCGCCCCACGCUCGCUCGCGCUCUCUCUCUCUCUCUCUCUCUCUCUCUCUCUCUCUCGUUGGCUGAAGAGUGGAGGAGCAUCCUCAUAGUGAUUGCCUCUGAUCCUUCGCUCGCCCUCUGUGUCUUCUGCUUCAGAGAGGACUGACGUGUGCUGCAGGGUGUGGGGAGCUGCAGUGUAGAUAGCCUGCCCCUUGCAUGCACAACCAUGCGCUUCAGUGAUCCGCAGGGCACUUUUUCUAUCUUUAUUAGUUGAGGGCAUCCACAUCUGAGUGUCCAUGACCGGCAGGGUGUGGCCGGAUUACCUCGUAUGUAAUACACCCUGCAAAAAGUGGGCGGGAUGAACAACUGACUUAGAUCUUCCGACUUUUUGGACAAAGUAUCUAUUACCAACUCCAUUUUUUUCCAAAUUGAUGAAUCUGCCUAAUGGUUUGUAGUAUUUUUGACAAAACACCAUAGGAAAUAACAGCCAGUCUCCUGUGUAAAUGAUUGCUAUGGGUCAGGUAUGGUGCACAUCUGUAGUCCCAACACUCGGACAGAAGAGGACCCGGUAAAGCUCUGGGGGUGAUGGGUGGAUUGAUAUGACUGAGUGCCCGGACGCUGUUCUAGGUAAAAACUACCUGGGUGUUCCUGUCAUUUUGCUUCAAGGUGGGGUUAGAAGAGGGAGAACGGUGUUCUUUCUUUCUGACAGCCCUGUGCCUGUGAUGAUCAGGAACUGUGGAGUACUUCCCACAGGUAAAAUCACCUUAACCUGGGGCUAUGAAGAGAGAGGUUCAUAAAAAAUGAGGAUUCUGCUUGGCGGUUUAUCAGAGAAUCUUUAGCCCCCAUCCCACCCACCACCAAGUUUCAGAACCUAUGGUUGAGCCGUUACCUGUAAGCUCCGUGCCCAGCAGGCAUCUUAAUCCAUUAAGCCGGUCAAUCAAAGUACCUUCCACGUGAAGAAAAGCAUGUCCUUCCUUCCCUCCUUCUUAUCCACAUGAAAUGUGUGCUUGGGCUCGUAGCCAGCUGCUGUGUCUAGCCAGACAGCCAACUCAGAGCUCAGAGAAAUGCUAAGGCCUUGCCUUGCCUGUAAAAUGGGAGUUAUCGGUGACUUGUGUUUUCCAAACGGCUUUUUGCUGUAGAGUGAAGUGUUGCUAGGAAGGAAACACGAGGAGCCAAUUAAAGCCCUUAAUGAAAAUGGCCUUUUUCAUCUUUGCUGAGUCUGGAGGCUCUACGUUCACAGUUCGCCCUUGGGAGCAGCGUGGGGGUUGGGGAGACGUGGACAAGAUUUCGUUCACUAUGGUGUGGCCUUGCAUUGUCACUGUAGCUGGUGCGCACGGAAGAAGGCGAGGCUCUCACCCUGCGGGCACUGUUUUUAAUGAAGCAAUACCUAGCGCUCUGUUUUUGGAGCAGUCGAGGUAGGUGGAAUGGAAGGUGCCUGCAAGAACGGCAUCCCCACGUGCUGCUGCUCUCCCCAGGUCAACUCUAAGUCUAGAACAGGUCCCAGGUUUCCUGUACAGAUCUUGACUGGCGUGGGCCUUUCAAAGGAGUGGCGAUUGCACCACCAAGUGAGGCGGAGUAGUGACUUACCUUCCCCCUUAUCUUUGUACCUCAGGAUUGGUUUAGCCAGUAGCUGGAAUUGAGAGCUUCCUUAUUGGGUCUUUCUCCACAGGACAUAGAAGCCUUUUGUGUGAGUUUAGCCUGCAUGCCCAUAGUCUUGAUGAUCCCUCUCUGUACAAAGGCAGCUAGCAGUAAGGGAUGGGGGAGAGGAGAACAGGUGUGAGAGCUGAAUUAGGCUGGUCCUGUUGAUCCAUGCCUUCCCACUGGCCAAGUUACUGUAAGCUGAAUUAGGCUGGUCCUGUUGAUCCAUGCCUUCCCACUGACCAAGUUACUGUAAGCUGGAAUCUGCAGGUGUCCUGUGACCUAACCCUUUCCAUUGCUACAAUGUUCUUACCACCUGGGAAUGUGGGGUUCGUUUGAAUUUUAGUAACGUCUUACGAAUGUCACUCGCCUGUAGCCUUCUGCCUUCUUGCCAGAUCAUGAUUUUUUUUUAAAUUUGAUUUUGUAUCGGAUGACUGUGAAGCUAUACAUAGUAGGUUGUAGAGGGUAUCUGUUUUCAGAGUACAUGUUAAGAAUUAAAGGGGACCUACUUGAGAUGAAUCAUCCCACAAAUAUUGUUUUGCCCUAAUAAAAUAUUCAGAAAUAGACACCUGCCUUUAUUCAUUCAGCCAAUAAAUAUUAGGCAUUAGCCUCAAUGCCAGCAAGUGCACUGGGCAUU